AUGCUGGCGGCGUUCCUCGCGGCGCUCGUCUUCUUCCAUUCCUCCGAGUUCCUCCUCGCGCUCUGGUCCACCGGCAAACCCGACCUCCGAUGUAAGCCGCCUCGCCUUCCCCUCGCCUCGCCUUCCCCUCGCCUCGCCUUCCCCUCGCCUCGCCUUCCCCUCGCCUCGCCUUCACCUCGCCUCGCCUUCCCCUCGCCUCGCCUUCCCCUCGCCUCGCCUUCCCCUCGCCUCGCCUUCCCCUCGCCUCGCCUUCCCCUCGCCUCGCCUUCCCCUCGCCUCGCCUUCCCCUCGCCUCGCCUCGCCUUCCCGUCUUCUCCUCGCCAAUCCGUCCCCUCUCCUCUGCGUCUCUGGGAAGGGCCAGUCCAGCCAUCUUUCUCUCAAACAUCCCUUCCCUUCGCGGCGCUGCAAUGCCUCUCCCCCCCCCCCAUCUAUCCCGCCACGUUCCUCGUCUCGGGGGAGUAUCUACUGGCCAUGGCAGCAGCGCUCACUGAAUACGCCCUCGAGACCGCCCUCUUCCCCGCCUUCAAGCGCCGCCUGUGGCCCGUGGCGUGGGUGGGGGGGGCGCUGCUGCUGGCGGGGGAAGCGGUGCGCAAGGCAGCCAUGGUGACGGCGGGGCGGAGCUUCACUCAUGACAUUCAGACGGAGAAGCGGCGCGAACAUCGAGUGGUGACGCACGGGCUGUACAGGUGGGUGCGGCAUCCGGGCUACACGGGGUGCUUCAUGUGGAGCAUAGCCACGCAGUUGGUGCUCGUCAACCCCCUCUGCACGCUCGCCUUCGCCCUCGUCUCCUGGCGCUUCUUUGCCGCGCGCAUCCCCUACGAGGAGUUUUACCUCCACCAUUUCUUCGGACUUGACUACGAGGAGUUCUACCUGCACCAGUUCUUUGGCCUUGAGUACGCACGAUACGCCGCCUUGGUGCCGUCCGGCAUCCCCUUUGUCUCGUGA